AUGACCUGGCCUCCGCCCGCCGGUAUGGCGUAUUCCCAGGUCAAUCAGAGUCCCGCCCAGCUCCGCUCUAUCCUACCGUCCCCUCGGAUUGGGAACGCGGAGCAGCUGGACCCCGGCCAGCACUUGAACACCCGCGCAAGAAUUCGAUCAGUGGCAGUUAGAGCUGCCUGUGAGUAUUGCCGAAAGCGCAAGUCUAGGUGCUCUGGCGAGAGACCACAGUGUUCGGCCUGUACCAAGCGCGGGCGAGAGUGCGUGUACGAGACUGCCAGCUCGGGAGAGACCAUCCCCCAGGCUCUCAAGCGGAAACACACGGCGCUCGAGCAAGAGAGCAACGCGUAUCGCGAGCUCUACCACCUCCUGCAGAAUGCCUCCCCCUCCGAGUCGCAGGACAUCCUCCUCAGGAUCCGUCUAGGGGCCGACGUCAACACGCUGGUUCGCCAGGUCAAGGACGGCAACUUGCUGUUGCAGCUCGCCCUGGUGCCCGAGGCGCGCUUGCGGUAUAACUUUCCAUACAGCGCCAGCAUGCCCGCAGCCAUUCUAAAGUCAAAGAACCCAUACCUCAACUCUUUGGUCUACGAGGCUGCAUUCGAGACAUCGGGCCCUUUGCCGUCCAAGCAAGUCUGUCAGAUGCGUGCACCGUAUCUCAGCCCCUACCAUGCGGCCGAGAUCAUCGAGCCACGGCUCGACUUGGUGCAAGCCUCCCGGUGGACCUCGGUGAUCUCGGAUAACCGGCUUUUAGCAGAGUUGAUGCGUUGUUACAUCAUGCAUGAUUAUGAGAACUAUCCUCCCUUUCACUUGGACCUCUUCCUAGAUGGUAUGACGGAGGAGUCCGAGGAAGAUAUGUGUUCGCCCUUACUCGUCAACGCCGUCCUGGCACUGGCUUGUCAUAGUUAUACCAGGCUCCCAGACAGGGAAAAGUUCUGGCUCCCCCAUACCCUAGGAUUCCGUUUCCUUGCUGAAGCCAAGUUGCUAUGGGAACUGGAGAGCGAGGUUCCCACUCUUACGACUCUCCAGGCUACAGUUGUCUUGCACAUGAUCUAUAAUCACUUUGCAAUGGAUGAGAUCUCCUACAUCUACCUGGAGAGAGCUGUCUCCAUGGCUGAUGAACUGAAAUUGUUAGAGCCUAGCACUGGAUAUGCAGGCAAAAUGAAGCUUGCGAGAGAGUUUACAGCUUGGUGUUCAUUCAGCUGGCUAGGGGUACAAGGCUACUACUUUGCCCGGCAGACCCUGUUGCCUCAGGCGCCCGCCACCCCCUUGCCGGAUCCCAGUCAGGAUCCAUCGUGGUACCCGACAAUACUCCUCAAAUACCCUUUAGAGAAUGCCAUUUUCUCGACGAACUUUGGUACUCAUAUUAGAGCCAUGUGGCAGUUCCGUCACAUCAUGGCGGACAUCACGAUGGAGUUGUUUCCCCCCAUUACACCUGCUCCUGGCGGCACAGAAAAUGUCAAAUCCAACCCAGCAAAAGUGAUAGAGCUCCUGCAGCGGCUCGAGGCCUGGUUCAAUGCUCUUCCGGGUCCCCUGACACCCGAGAACAUUGUGCUUCCGCCUCAGCUUAAGCUUCACAUCGAAUAUCAUGGCGUCCUGGUCUCGCUCUACCAGAUGCUUGAAAACCAGCCUACGGCCUACGCAACGCCUUCAAUACCCAGAAAUAUAGCACGUGAGAGAAGUGCCGAUGCAGCGAUCCGAUUUGAGACUCUCGUCCGCCUCUAUUACCUCCGCCACAGCUUCGAGCACACGGACACCUUCUUGACCUCCAUUCUCUCAUUCCUAGCAAACAUUAUGUUCCAAACUCUGGAGUCCACCAAGCGCGACGCAUCGACAGAAGAUGGUGACGAGAAGACCCCAGUAGUGGACGACGAUCGGCGAAGAAACAUACGCUCAACGCUCAUUCUAGCAGCUAAAGGUCUCCAUGACCAAAGCCGCAAUGCCUACGUCACUGGGGUGAUCUUCCACCUAGUGCGGUCUCGCCUAUCGCCUGAGGACCUUGCUGCCCUGAAUGCGUAUGUGUCCCCACGAGAGGUAGAGGCUGUCUACUCCAGACUUCCGCGAACUGUGAGAAGCCAGUGGCCAAUGGCCAUCAUUGGGUCGAAUGCAGAUAUGAACAAGAGCCAGCUACGGAACCUCGUGAAGCAGCUCGAGGCGGCGUCGCUCACUGAUGAUCAAGUUGCGAAAUCAGAGGAAGGCCAAGGAUAA